AUGUCGGAACCAACAUCGGCAGCACAGCUCAAGCUUAAGAACGAAGGAAACGAGUUAUUCAAGAAGCAAGACUAUGUGGGAGCCAUCAUCAAAUACACCGAGGCCAUCGCUUUGGAUGAUAAGAACGCUGUUCUGUACGCAAACCGAGCUGCUUGCAAUUACGCCCUGAGCAAAUAUUUGGAUGCUGUAGAUGAUGCGCAUUUGGCUACAGAGAUUGAUCCGAGUUAUGCAAAAGGGUGGUCUCGCCUGGCAGCAUCCAGAGAUGUAUUGUCCCCAUCUACUUACAUAGGCGCUUGCGGACUGGGUGCAAAGCGCCCAUGCUUGGCAAAAGGCGCUGGAUGCGCUCCCAAAGACGAAUUUCAGCCCCUCAGAGCGGACAACAAAAAGCACAAUAUACCGACCAAUCUAAAAGCAGCGAAUGCGCGUUCCAAACAGCCUAUCGUCCCUUUCACGAUGAAUGAAAAUAUGGGCAAGUUUCCUUGGCAGAUCGCGACGGAGAUGCUUCCUGAGCUUCGGAAAGCGGGUACUGCUAAAGCGUCUAGUAGCGCUUGGGUCAUCGCGCUUGCGUAUGAGGAAUUCAAUAAUGGGGUAGAAGCUAUGAAGGGAAUGAAAAUAAUUCUCCAAACCGAGACGCCAGGAACUUUUGGGCUGACGGCUUUGAGCAAUGGUUUUAUGCGUGACGAUCGCGUCUUCCAUAUCAAUCAACCCAACUGGAUCGACAUGUACAACCAACAAGUCCAUUUCGAAGUUACAGCUCGCAAAGCUUGGAAUUCUGAAGGACUCGAAACUAUCAAGGAACUGGCGCAGAAACGGUUGAAGGAGAAUGGCUGGGAUGAUGUACGCCCCGCAUUAGCCGUGACCGUUCGAGCAUGGAUAAUGAGAGCCGCAUUUGAAGGCGGUUUAAAACAAGAAUCUCAUGCUGGCGUCGAGUAUUAUAGACGAGCUCUCGACUUGGUCGAAUGGGGAAGGACUGUCUGGAAGGACGUUCCCAAAGCCAGUAGGGGAGCGAUUUUCGAGCAUUCGUUCUUGAUAGGUAUUCGUAGCUUGUACCUCAAGAUGUUCAUGAACGCUUAUACCGACGACCCUGGCUUGAACUCCAAGUUCCCUCUUGAACAGCUCAAGGAAGAAGCUGAGGACCUUCUCAAAGAGACUGAAAUAGCUUUACGCACACGCGGUGAUGAGCCAGUCGACCCCGGCUUCAUAUCAUCUUUCAUCGUUUACCCCGAUGGACUAGCUCACGCGAUGCUCGGAUUCUAUCACGUCCAAUCGGCCCAAUACAAUACCGAUCCUAUACAAAGGAUGUUCAACGCUGUGAAAGCAGCAGGGGAAUACACGCGCGCAUCCAGCAAAUACGCAGAGGACGACGAAUUACGCGCAUGGUACCUAAAUUGCGCCUUGGAUUGCAUGCGGAAUGCUGGCGUCCCCAUCGAAAACUUUCUCAUGGCGGCGACUGGCUUGCAGGAUGCUUUCCCUAGGAUGCAGAAGAUAUGGGCGGUGUCUGAGCUGGCUUUGGGUGGUAGAGAUAAGAAGAUACAGGCGAAUUUGGAUAGGGCUGAUGAGCUCAUGAGGCGUGUGGCUGAUAAGACGUUGACGCUCAAAGAUCCUGUGCCUUUGUGA